AUGGAGAACAAAGCCAUGUACCUGCACGCCACCGUGAGCGACCGCGACUCUGGCUCCAUCUUUGAGGAGCCCUUUGAUGGCAGGAGCCUGUCCAAGCUGAACCUGUGUGAGGACGGUCCAUGCCACAAAGGACGGGCGGGUGGCUGCUGCACCCAGCUGGGCUCCCUGUCGGCCCUGAAGCACGCAGUCCUUGGGCUCUACCUGCUGGUCUUCCUGAUUCUCGUGGGCAUCUUCAUCUUAGCAGUGUCCAGGCCCCGGAGCUCCCCGGACGACCUGAAGGCGCUGACUCGGAACGUGAACCGGCUCAACGAGAGCUUCCGGGACUUGCAGCUGCGGCUGUUGCAGGCUCCGCUGCAGGCCGAGCUGAGCGAGCAGGUGUGGAAGGCGCAGGACGCGCUGCAGAACCAGUCGGACUCGCUGCUGGCGCUGGCGGGCGCGGUGCAGCGGCUGGAGGGCGCGCUGUGGGGACUCCAGGCGCAGGCGACGCAGAGCGAGCAGGCGGUGGCCCUGCUGCGCGACCGCACGGCCCAGCAGAGCGACGCGGCGCAGCUGGAACUCUACCAGCUGCAGGUGGAGAGCAACCGCAGCCAGCUCCUGCUGCGGCGCCACGCCGGCCUGCUGGACGGGCUGGCGCGCCGGGUGGGCGCCCUGGGCGACGAGCUGGCCGACGUGGGCGGCGCCCUGCGCGGCCUCAACCUCAGCCUGUCCUACGACGUGGCCCUGCAGGGCACGCGGCUGCGGGACCUGCAGGUGCUGGUGAGCAACGCCAGCGAGGACGCGCGCCGCAUGCGCCUCGUGCACCGGAGCCUGGAGCUGCAGCUCAAGCAGGAGCUGGCCGUGCUCAACAGCGUCACCGAGGACCUGCGCCUCAAGGACUGGGAGCACUCCAUCGCGCUGCGCAACAUCUCCCUGGCCAAAGGACCACCGGGCCCCAAAGGCGAUCAGGGGGAUGACGGGAGAGAAGGCAAGCCUGGAAUCCCUGGAUUACCUGGACUUCGAGGUCUGCCAGGGGAGAGAGGGACCCCGGGACUGCCCGGCCCCAAGGGCGACGAGGGGAAGCUGGGAGCCAUGGGACCGAUGGGCAUGCGUGGGUUCAAAGGUGACCGAGGCCCAAAAGGAGAGAAAGGAGAGAAAGGAGACAGAACAGGGGAUGCCAGUGGCAUGGAGGCCUUGAUGGUCCGGCUGGUGAACGGCUCGGGCCCACACCAGGGCCGCGUGGAGGUGUACCACGAGCGGCGCUGGGGCACCGUGUGCGAUGACGGCUGGGACAAGAAGGACGGGGACGUGGUGUGCCGCAUGCUGGGCUUCCCCAGCUCCGAGGACGUGCACCGGACGGCUCAGUUCGGACAAGGCACAGGAAGGAUUUGGAUGGAUGAUGUCGCCUGCAAGGGCACGGAGGAAAGCAUCUUCCGCUGCAGCUUCUCCAAAUGGGGGGUGACAAACUGCGGACAUGCUGAGGAUGCUGGAGUGACAUGCAAGAGACACUGA